AUCCAUUUGUCCCUGCCAAAAUAAUUGAUUGCCUUCCAUCGAGGAGAAAAACUAACAAAACGAGUGUCACAUUGGGUCACUCAGGGCGGCGAAGGCAACGGCGCUCACCAAUUCACGUGCUGGGGCCAUGGAGCCGCCUGGCGGUGUACCGCCAGAUAGAGAUCGUCAAUUGGUUCUAAAACAGAUGGUGACAUUUCACGAUCGACCCGAUGCCAGUUUGUGUGGCAAGGCCAGCACUGCAAUACCCACCACCGCUGUUACGCCCAAUCCAGCAUUUGCUUCGACAGCCACCGCCUAUUCGGCUACCACACAAGCGGCCACUGCUUUCAGUGGCACCUCCAUUGGGCAUGCCCUGAUCAAACAUCAUGGUGGGGGUGGAGUGCAACAUCACACAGCCGCCCUGCCUCCCAACUCCGGAGCAUCGGCAACGGUGCCAACUUCCGGCGCAGGUGGCAGCAGUAGCAGCAGCAGCAGUUCAACCACCCUGCAGUCAACAACAUCGACUGCAAGUGGCAGCAACCAGCAACAGACCCUGGAAAAGCUCUCCAGACCCAUGGCAUUCGAUAAGAUGGAAUCCCUGGUGCGUGAAAUGCAAGAUGCUGAACAUGGAGUUCCAGUGAGGCAGCAGAAGAUGUUUCUUACUUCCAUACCCUAUGCUUUUAUGGGAUACGACCUUAUCGAAUGGCUUAUGGAUCGCCUACAAAUCGAAGAGUCCGAAGCUCUAAACAUUGCCAAUCAACUAUGUCUUCAUGGUUACUUUUUUCCUGUCAACGAUUCCAAAACUCUAACGGUCAAAGACGACUCCUCGCUCUAUCGUUUCCAAACGCCCUACUAUUGGCCCUGGCAGCACAAGGCGCCCGACAAUGUCGAGUAUGCCAUAUAUCUGGUGAAGAGGUCAUUGCGUAACAAACAACGCCAUGCCUUGGAGGACUAUGAAGUGGAGGCUUUGGCCUCUCUGCACAAAAAUCUGAAAGGCAAAUGGGAGAUUAUCUCCAUGCAGGCAGAGGAGCAGGUGCGUCUGGCCAAGGAGCGUAAGAAGGGUGAGAAAAUUGUGGGUGACUCACAGGAGAGGGCCUAUUGGAGAGUGCAUCGACCUCCACCGGGGCAAUUUACCCCUCUGGAACCAUGUCCUGUACCCUCCAGAGAUCGUCAGGGCACAAAGCAGAAUAAAAAGAAGACACUCGAGGAUAUGCAAAGGGAUGUGGAUUAUCUGAAGAAAUCUUUGAAUCGCACACGCAUGAAAAUGUCACAGGCCUGUGAGUCGUUGGUCACCUAUUCGGAGACUUUUUCGGACUACGAUUUCUUUUUGCAACCCGUAUUGCCCUCAAAUCCUUGGGUUACGGAAGACAUAACCUUCUGGCAGCUGAACAAUACCUUUGUGGACAUACCGACAGAGAAGCGAGUAAAGCGUUGGGCCAUUUCCAUAGAGGAAUUGGUGACCGAUCCCACAGGUCUGCAAGAGUUUACAGCGUUUUUGGAAAAAGAAUACUCCCAUGAGAAUAUACGAUUUUGGAUAGCGGUGAAUCGUUUGCGUAGGUCGGCCCAUUCGCAGGUGCCACGCAAAGUGCAGGAGAUUUAUGAGGAGUUUCUUAAGCCCGGCGCCCCUUGUGAGAUCAACAUCGAUGGCAAGACCAUGGAGAGUGUGCUGAAAGGCUUGCAGAAUCCCUCACGCUUCACCUUCGACUCGGCCUCGGAUCAUAUUUACAUGCUGCUGUUGAAAAAGGAUUGCUAUCCUCGCUUUGUGCGCUCCGAUCACUAUAAGCGUUUGGUGGAGACCGGCAUACAGCCGGCCCAUAAAAAGCGUUUCUUCAAUUUCGGUGGGGUUAGUGGUGCCAAAAAGAAAAUGACUGCCGCCUUGUCCAGCCAACCGAAUCUGGGUGGCAAUGAGUCCAGUACUAAAAAUACCAUGGCGUCCAGUGGCAAUUCGUUUAUUAUGUCCACGGCUCCGCCUCCCGGCAGUUUGACUAGGCGACGCGGCAGUGAUCGUAGUCUUAGCGGUUCGGCCCACGAAUUGGCAGUGAUAGGUGUGAACAAGGACAGCAGCUCAAAGGUGCCACAUUCUCACUCGCAGAGUAAUCUCAGUGAGAUACCAUUCAGAGAUACGCCAAAAGGUAAGGCAGCUCGUCUGGAGACUACUGUGGAAAUUGGUGGCAGUAGUGCAGUGUGUCCUUGGGACGAACCGGAUGAACCACCUGCAACACAAGCUCCCAAGCCAGUGCCACCACCGGCAGCGGCACCAGUUCAAUUGUCAGUGUGUCCCUGGGAACAGGAGGAUGAGCCGGCACCGGCGCCAGCUGCACCAGCACAAUUACCAGCCAUAAAAACAAGCGCACAAAGAUUAACCAGCACUUCCUCGGACAACACCGAAGUAUCAGAUAGAUUGCAACGCAAUUUAGGCAUUCGCCAUCAAAACACCGUUGACAGUGGUGAGGCGGCGGGCAUGAAACGUUUACUACCAAAUUUCACCGAACAACGAAGAGCAUCAGUGUCCUUUACACCGAGCCGUAUAUCUGAGUUUCCUUCAGGACGACCGUCUACUGGUGCGAAAACUUCUACGACACCUUCGCCAACGGUGACCUUGCAACAGGGCAAUUUCCCCGCUCUCUUUGCCCCUUUGCAGGGAGCUCAACAUGCCACCACUGCGGUGGUGGCUCUUGGUGGCAAUAUUGCCUCUACCACCACCAACAACAUCACCACCGCCGUCGCCGCCACCAAUGUUGUUACCAAAGAUCCACCUUCGUCCUCAGAUGCUGAAGUGGAAGAGGAAUUGAAUAAACUUGCAAUCUCGGAACGAAAUAGCGAGUCCUCUGGCUCAGCCGUACUGCCGACACCAAAUGCCACACCCACACCACCACCAGUGACUAAAGUAACACCACCGCCCGAGGAACAAACGGCACUGGUAAGCGCCGAAACUCAGACGCAUGCUGAGCAAAGUCCUCGUGACAGUUCACCCAGUGAGUCAUUGCAUGCCAUGCAAGAGGGCGAAGAAACCACCCGCGCCAAUGAGGCCAGAGAAUUGGGAGCUGAAGUAGACUCUGAAAUUCAAGAGGUACAAAUAGAGUUGCUAGAAUCCUCCGAAGGCUAUGAAAAGCUGUGCGAAAGUCAAGAAUGCCUGGAUGUCUCACCACCUACUAUACAAAUUGAUGAUGGUGAGGAGGGUAAAGUGGAAGUUAAGACACCUGAAUAUCAAACCUGUGAAUGUGUUGUCAGUGCAGGGGAUCAGGAAAGCAUUGCGGUAGAUCAGCCAGCCCAGAGUCCCUCGGCAUCGGCUAAACAAAAUCCCGAUAAGGAAAGUGCUGCAGAUCCCGGCUCUGACAAGGACAAUGAGUCACCCGAACAAAAUCAGCCACAGGAAGAGCUUCCACCCUCUUCGCCACUCGAAGAACUCUCACCCACCACCGAUGAAUAUCAGGAGGGUCUCGAAUUCGGCGAUGAUGGUAAAAAUGAUUUUGAUAUUGCCGACUCUGAAUCCACCAUGGGCUAUAUACCACCUGCUCCCACGCCUGCACCCUCCAUGGCGCCCUUAGCUGAAAUGGACACCGACACUGUGGACGAGGAGUACAGUGAAGAGUUAAAGCCCAAAGAUGCCGCACUACCCGAUAAAUCAGCCAAACUUCCCCUUAGCAGCAUAAACAAAUCCACCACCGCUGAGGAGGCACGUAAGAAACGCAAAAAGCGCCACCUGGAGGCCAAGAAGUCGGCCUCGGCCGAAGAAAAAGAUAAGGAGAAGGAAAAGGCCAGCACUUCAGCGGCUGUCACCACGGCUACUGUGGCAAAAGAGAGUAGCAGUGCCAAACCGGAAGCGGACCUAACCACAGUCUGUCCCUGGGAGGACGAAAAUGUGACCACCAGCGAUGGUACCUUUACCAAGACCUAUGCCACCCUGGGGUAUUUAUGAAUAAAACCCAAUCUUUUUCGCAAAGUGGUCAAUAAGAUACUUAAAAAGAAAAACUACAAAAAAUGACACAAAUCACAGCAACCACAAAAUCUACAACAUCAUCAGAAUCAGAAAACAACAACAACAACAA